AUGGCUGGAAAUGCUCGGUUUUCAGUAACAUAUAAAGGAACCGAAACCUUUGUGGUUGAUUUGGUGAAGAAAGUGUGCACUUGUAGUGCUUUCCAAUUAUUUGGCAUACCAUAUCCCCAUGCUUUAGCUUCUACAUGGGCAUCAGGAUUGAACCAUUAUGAUUUUGUUGAAGACUGGUAUAAAAAAGAUGCAUACAUGGCUACAUAUGCUGGGAUAAUUGAGCACAUGCCUAGUCCAAAUAAGUGGCCUCAAACUGGCCUAAACCCCAUACUCCCACCUCCAAAUCAACCCAAAGUUACAAAGAAGAGAGGUAGACCAUAUAAGGCUAACCCACUUCGUAAGACAGUGAAGAGGAAUGAGAGGGGAAAGAGACAAAAAGCAAAGGAACGGGCCUCUGGAUCUCAACAACAACAAGGAUGA